AGUUGAUAUAUUAACAAAACCGGAGAAAGAAUACUGUUCAGUUAAAAAGUUUGUCUCGUGUACAACGUGUUAAGUAUCUUCAACAAAUAUACUUCAGUAUUUGGCAGUACAAUUACUAUGUUUAUUGAUAAUAUUUCAUAAACAUUAAUAAAUAUGAUAAGCUAAGCAUUAAAAACAACAGGCACGAGAUUUUUAUAUUUUAAAGGAAGGGAGAUGUAAGUACUGAUGAGCACCCUAGCUUUCUGCUUUUCAACAAUUUUCGUGUGUAUUUGCGCCGGGAUUAGUUAGAGUGAAUUAAUAAUGGGAGAUAAUACAUUUUUAUAAUAUAGAAAUUUAUAGAGAUGAUUCAUAAAAUCAUGAAUGGAACAAAUAGUGAUCUUUUCCAACAAUUAUACAGUGAGAUAAAGUCAGACAGUACAAUUGACUCGUGGUUACUUGUUAGUUCACCGUGGCUAAUAUGCGUUAUUUUAAUAUUGUACUUGACAUUUGUACUCAAACUCGGUCCAAAGUUAAUGAAAAACCGAGAACCGAUUAACAUUAAGUACAUAAUCCUAUUCUACAACUUAAUGCAGACUAUAUUUAAUAGUUACAUUUUGGCUUACCAAAUUAUUAGACCAGAAGUUUUUAGUUAUUUAUGGAACCAUGCAUGUCAUCCUGAUACUACUAAAAUAAACAUUAUAAAAGAGCUACAUACUGCUUCGUGGUACUUCGCAAUAUCAAAAAUCAUAGAUUUAUUAGACACAGUGUUUUUUGUAUUGAAAAAAAAACAAUCGCAUAUUUCAUUUUUGCAUGUUUAUCAUCACGUUAACAUGGUAAUCACUUGUUUUGCUCAGCUCAGAUUCAUCAAAAGUGAAAAUGCUGCGAUUGGAACCAUCGUCAAUUCAUUUGUUCACGUAGUUAUGUACAGUUACUAUUUUUUAACAGCACUUGGACCAAACAUGCAAAAACGUUUAUGGUGGAAAAAAUACCUGACCCGUAUACAAAUUAUUCAAUUUAUAUUUGGAAUACUUUACUGUGUCAGCCUCAUCGUAUUUAAUUGCACCUAUUCUAAAUUAUUUAUUAUAUACAUGUUGGCCGACGUACUCAUAUUUCUUUAUUUGUUUUUAAAAUUCUAUAAAAAAACAUACAAAGCAAAAAGCAAGAUUCAGUAAACUCAACAACUAUGAAGACAUUUGUGUGUGUGUGUAUAAAAUUUAUAUUAUUAAUUUAUCAUAAAUAAGUAUAAUUAAUUCAAAAUUGAUUAAAAUUAAUACAAUUUAUUAUAAUUUGUUUUAAAAUUUAAAUUGACAUAUUAUUU